UCCACAGGUGUCUGUGUGACGUGUCAACAAAUCCAUCUAUCGUACAGUGAAACAAACAGUUUAAGUGGUCAGAACAUUAUAGUUAUCAAAGCAAUUGUAACCCUUAGUCGCAAAGAUGAAAGCUGGGCCCUCUAUUCUAGAUGGUUUAUAGUUAAUGCCACUAAUAUUUUAGAUGAGUACCACGUAGACUUCAACAGUUCUUGUGACAACGAAAAAAGUUCUAAUAAGUUUGAAUGCUACUGCGAACGUCGUUGUGAUGAUGAGCAUUAUGUGACUUGUAGAUUCCUAGCUACUACAAGCUGGAAUGAAGCCGAGAUUUAUGGUGUCCUUUAUGACGAAAACGGUUCUGAAUUGAAAAGCGAUCGUCUAAAGUUUCCCAAAGUUUACGCUUCCCCUGCAAGUUUUGGUUCAAGUCAUUGGAUAUGUAUCUUUGUUUUGAAAAGUGUAUUUCUGGCAAUUCUGAUUUAAAGACUAUUCAUUUAUUUAAUUGCCUUGGGGCUUUUGAAAUUUAAAUUUGUAUCACUUCAAUUCAUAUAACAUUGGGGAUUUUCAUGAUAAACUUAAUUAUGUGAAGGUAGGAAAAUUAUGCCUUAGAGCUGACAUCUAAAUGUAUAUAUAUAUUUUUAAAUACGGUAAUCUAUGAUUUUAAGAUACACAAAUAUAUUUUAUGUUGCUCGUUUGAUUUAAAUCAGUUUUAUUUGCGCUAUACACGGAAGCACAUAAAUCAAACAUGAUUAUCUAUCUUUGUUUAUUUUGUACCCCAAAAUUCUAUUUUUUGUAACUUAAGCACUAUUAAUGAAAAUGUACAAUAUAUGCCAAGAAUUUAGAAUCUAUGUUUAAUUCUACUUCGGGAAAACGACAUAUGAAAUAAUUAUUUAUUAAUUAUUUAUAUAAAUUUAUAUAAUAAUUAUAAGUAAUUAGAUUUUAAAAUAUUUAAUAAAAUAAUUAGUAGAAGACUAAUAAAAAUUAAAUUAUAUAUUAUCUAUCAAUAAUAAUAAUUGUAAACGGUACAAUAUAAAAAAAUCACCAGUAUAUCAAUGUAGGAUACCAUUUUAUAUAUAGGUUGAUAUGAAAUCGAAAUGAUCAUGUUUAAAAACAUGUAUUAAUAAUACUUAAUUAUCAUAAAAAUAUUAAGUGAAGGCAGCCUACAAACCUAACGUUACUUGCUUAGAAAGUGUGGAUUGGCGCCCAUAAUGUCUUAUUUUAAAUCGUGCUGAUAUAUUUGUGCUUUUAAUAUUAACAUGGGCUUAGCCAGGAUUUUUUUUUCGGGGGUAUGACGGCAAUUUUUCUCCCUCCCCCCUCCUGCCAUAUAGAUAUACAGUGCUUUUUUUUUUAAAGAAAACAAAAAUAGGUAAAUAGGUGCCGGUUCUCAGUGAUUAGGUGCCGGUACUCAGAAGUUGAUUGCCUAACUUUAAACUACUAAACAAAACACUAUUUCCGGUACUGAAAGCCAACAAAAUGCACAUUUAGAUGUAUCUACAGUACAUUAUCCUGCUAUUAAAAAGUUUUAUUUCAAUAACCUAAUCUGCUAUUCUUACUUACUUAGAUCCUCCCGCGCCGUUCGGCGCUUUAGGCGGGAAGCUGUUUCCACAAAAAUCUUUCACUGGCAAUGUUUGAAGCCUCUUCCCACCUGCUCUGAGAACACCCAUGAAAGUGUGGCACCAAGUUGUACUAGGAUGUCCCUGUUUGCACUUACCUCGUAAUGGCCUCUAUGUCAUCGCAACUCUUAUUAUGCGUAAUUUAUUUUGUUGGAGAACAUGUCCUGCGAACAUCAAACGACGCUCUGUCACAACCUUACUAUGGGUUCGACUCCCAGUUCGACAUAGGAUUUUCUUGAUUGAGACCCACUCUAUAUAACUGUCUCCUAAAAUCCGACUUAGCCAUCUUUGUUGUGCCACAUUUAGUCUUUCUCAAUUUCGGCAGAUGACUAUUCACUGCACUUUAUUUAUGUGGCCCAUAUAGAAAAGGGUGACUUUAUUUUGCUUUAGAAUAAUAUUGAAUAAAGAGUUUUUCAACCUCAAAACUCUGGGGAUUUGAAACUCAAAACCAUCUGGAGGGGUUUAAAACUUUUAAAAAGCCCUCUGGAGUAAGAGGAUGUUUACUCAAAACUCCCUCUUAGCUUGGCUAUGCUCAUAAAAUUUUGAAUGUGUAAUUUGCUUUUCUUUUAUAUAUAUUGAAUAAGUAUUUUUGGGCUUCAAAUCCCGCUGAAGGAGGUUGAAACUCAAAACCCUUUUGGCUACGCUUAUAGAAUUUUGAGUAAUCUGCUUUCUUUUAUUUUUAAGAGGUAUUCAUUUUCUUCAAACCCCGCUGAAAAAGGGUUUAAACUCAAAACCCAGUUGGCUACGCUCAUAAAAUUGUAUGUAUCAUUUGCCUUUUUUUUUAAUUAAAGAGGUAUUUUUUAACAGCCAACCCCACUGGAGGGGGGUUUUAAACACACAAAAAAAACCACACUUGGCUACGCUCAAGUAGACUGAAUGGUUUGUUUUAUAUUGAAGAGCUGGUUUAUCGAAAAUUUCAAGUAGGUUUUAAAAUCAAAAUCUUCCUUAACUAUGCUCUUGGAAUAUGGGGAUUGUCGUUUGCACUUUUUUUUUUGUUUUGUUUUAUAGAAGAGGGGGAUUUAUCUGCAAUACCUCCUGGUAGGGGCAAGUGAUGGUUUAGUAUUAAAAUUUACGUAAAAUAAAAAAAAAAAAAAUCAAAGCAAAAAAUCAGUCACUAAAUUCCGAGGGAUUUCAUUUCGAGCGUUGAACCCCACCCCCCAACCCUGGCUACGCCCAUGAAUAGUAAUAUCCCGUGUUAAAAUGCCUCUUAUUGUGUACAUAUUGUUACGAUCUUUUCCUAAUCAGGCAUUCUGUAAACACUGCUAAACACACAUCACAUCAACACAUCAAGAACCUGACAAGAGGUCCAAAAUAAUCUGAUACUUAAAUGAAUGGAUAACACCCAAUACUAGACAAUUGGCAAUACAAUCAAUUACUAGAAUGUUACACUGUACAUCACCGUACUUUAAUCUGAUGUCUCUAUCUCUUCCUGGACUCAUGCGUUUACUCGAGGACUCUACCAGGACGGACAUCAUGGUCGACUCAGUCUCGGUCUCCUCCGUGUCCUGUCUUGAACUGCACUGCCUUACACCAUUAACUAUAAGACACACAAACACGUGAGGCUCUUUAUUAGGGAAGACGAGUGUUUUCCAUAUUUGUAACAAAUUUAUGCAAAACAGUUGUAUAUUUUUUGUCACAAAUUUUUGUUUUUAAAUUUGUAUUCUUAAGUUAUGUAAGUUUUGUUAUAUUAAGUACUAUAUUUACACACUAACAAAUGUUUACUAUUUUUUUAAAGAGAAAAUAUCUAUUUAGUAUUUAUUAUAAGUUAGACAUAAUAUAAAACGAAUAAAAAUCUUGUAAACGCAUUUUUUAAAAUACAGAAAUGAUAUGGUCAUUGUCACGGGUUAACUAUAAAAAAUUGAGCCUUUUCAAAACAAUACAUCAAUUAUAAGACAUCAGUUAGGCCAGGGGAGGCGCGGUGGAUGAGCGGCAAAGUGCUUGGCUUCCGAACCGGUGGUCACGGUUUCGAAUCCUGGUGAAGACUGGGAUUUUCAACUUCGGAAUCUUUGGGCGCCUCUGAGUCCACCCAGCUCUAAUGGGUACCUGACAUAAGUUGGGGAAUAGUAAAUUUCAUUGGUCGUUGUGCUGGCUUUAUGACACCCUCGUUAACCGUAGGCCACAGAAACAGAUGACCUUUACAUCGUCUGCCCUAUAGACCACAAGGUCUGAAAGGAAACUAGUUAGGGUUCACAUCUAACUUUACAUUCACUUGCACCUAUCCCUUGAUCUGCUGGACCGUUUGGGCAUUACACAAGAUCUGUCAACCCUCUUUUUCCAUUUUUAUCUGUCAUUUGUCUUUGAUAUAAUUUCAUUCAGAUGUUCUUUCUUAAAUUAUUGAAGCCUGCCUGGGUGGACCACUUCGGGGGCCGAUUUUGAGUUUGUGUUUCUACACAAACUGUCUUUGUAACCUUUUUAAAAUGUAUUUUCAAAUCUGUAAUAUAAAAAACAAUAAUAAAUUAAUCUUAUAGUAAGUAUAAAUCAAUAUAUAUUUUUCUGCUGAUGGUCGCCCAUCGUCCCAUGUCAUUUUUGAAAACUGUUUCGCCAAAGUGGUUGUCUAUUUAGCACAUCGGUCAGUCAAUGUUAGAUUUAGAAAGUUAAAUAUCUGAUUAUUUCGAACGCUUUUUAAUAUUUUUUGACAUGUUAUUAAUGUGUUUAUAAUAUUUCCCUCUUUCACUUUACAUUCUUGAUGAGUAAUCUUAUAAUAUAUUGUAAAUCUAGGGGUGUACUUAGCUAUAGCGUUUCUAUUGAAUAUGGGGUAUGUUAUAUUAUAAUAUUAUCCUGCGAAUGCCGUAAUGUUCAAAGGCCAAGGUGUGGUGAAAGUAGUGGAGAUCAUUUAAGAGACGAAAACGAUUCGAAUAUUGAUGAUCAAGCCGCCGAUAACUCCUGACGACCAUCUUUCACUUAAUUCUAUUUUUCAUUUUGCUCUAUCUUGACAAUGGGCGCGUCAUUUUUAGCCUAGAUAUAAUAAAGGCUGACUUCACCUAUCCACAGGAUAACAUAUAAAUAUAUAUAUAAUUUUUGCUUUAAUUAUAAACAUUAAAGGUGUAAAUUGUGUUCUCGGACUUUAUCGGUAUAUAUUUCAUAUUUCUAUCAAUAUUUCAUUUCUACAUGUAUAUGUAAGUAUGUAUUUUGUUUAUUGAUUUCACUUUAGAUAACAACACUGGCAUACUUAUGUUGACAUACCUGUUUAUACUAUAUUUCCGUCAUGAUGAAGUUUCUAUAGCCUGACAAUAGCCUUUAAAAAUUGAUUGAGUGCUUAAUGGAAAUAGUCUUGCAUGUAUAUAAAGGGUGUGACUUUCUCUCUCUCUGCCAGUUGCCGUCGAUCUGAUCUGUGGAAAUGAUGUGUUUAAACACAAAAAAGACACCUCGUAUACAUGGCCUGUAUAUUUAUGCAUGUUACAUUUUAAAAAGUUUUCGAGGGCAUUAAUUUUAUUCUUAUCUAAUGCAACCACUUUUUUUCAUGUAAAUAGAAACGUUUAUAUUUACUAUUGCUUGUUUCUUGAUUUCUCACAGUACCAUAUGUCAGAUAAAAUGAUUAGAUGAUCAUGACAAAAGAUGAAAUGACAGGGGAUAAAAUGACAGGGGAUGAAGUGACAGGGGAGGAAAUGACCAGGGGUGAAGUGACAGGAGAGGAAAUGACCGGGGAUGAAAUGACCGGGGAUGAAAUGACCGGGGAUGAAAUGACAGGGGAUGAAAUGACCGGGGAUGAAAUGACCGGGGAUGAAAUUACAGGGGAUGAAAUGACAGGGGAGGAAAUGACAGGGGAUGAAAUGACAGAGGAUGAAAUGACCGGAGAUGAAAUGACAGGGGAUAAAGAGACAGGGGAUGAAAUGACAGGGGAUAAAAUGACAUGGGAUGAAGUUGCAGGGGAUGAAAUGACAAGGGAUGAAAUGACAGAGGAUGAAAUGACCGGAGAUGAAAUGACAGGGGAUAAAGAGACAGGAGAUGAAAUGACAGGGGAUAAAAUGACAUGGGAUGAAGUUGCAGGGGAUGAAAUGACAGGGGAUGAAAUGACAUGGGAUGAAGUGACAGGGCAUGAAGUGUUUGAGGAGGAAAUGACCGGGGAUGAAGUGACAGGGGAUGAAAUAACCGGAGAUGAAUUGAAAGGGAAGGAAAUGACCGUUGAUGAAAUGACAGGGGAUGAAAUGACAGUGGAUAAAAUGACCGGGGAUGAAAUGACCGGAGAUGAAGUGACAGGGGAGGUAAUGACCAGGGGUGAAGUGACAGGGGAGGAAAUGACCGGGAAUGAAAUGACCGGGGAUGAAAUGACAGGGGAGGAAAUGACAGGGGAUGAAAUGACAUGGGAUAAAGUGGCAGGGGAUGAAAUGACAGGGGAUGAAAUGACAUGGGAUGAAGUGACAGGGGAUGAAGUGUUUGAGGAGGAAAUGACCGGGGAUGAAGUGACAGGGGAUGAAAUAACCGGGGAUGAAGUGAAAGGGAAGGAAAUGACCGUUGAUGAAGUGACAGGGGAGGAAAUGACAGGGGAUGAAAUGACAGAGGAAGAAAUGACCGGAGAUGAAAUGACCGGGGAUGAAGUGACAGGGGAUGAAGUAACAGGAGAUGAAAUGACAGGGGAUGAAGUGACAGGGGAUGAAAUGACAGGGGAUGAAGUGAAAGGGGAUAAAGUAAAAGGGAAGGAAAUGACCUGGGAUGAAGUGACAGGGAAUGAAAUGACAGGGGAUGAAAUGACAGGGGAUGACAUGACAGGGGAUAAAUUGACAGGGGAUGAAAUGACAUGGGAUGAAAUGACAUGGGAUGAAGUGGCAAGGGAUGAAAUGACAGGGGUCGAAAUGACAUGGGAUGAAGUGACAGGGGAUGAAAUGACAGGGGAUAAAGUGAAAGGGGAUGAAAUGACAGGGGAUGAAAUGACAGGGAAUGAAAUUACAUAAGAUGAAGUGACAUUGGAUGAAAUGACAGGAGAUGAAAUGACAAGGGAUGAAAUGACAUGGGAUGAAAUGACAUGGGAUGAAAUGACAGGGGAUGAAAUGACAGGGGAUGAAGUGACAUGGGAUGAAAUGACAGGGGAGGAAAUGACCGGGGAUGAAAUGACAGAGAAUGAAAUGACAGGGAUGAAAUGACCGGGGAUGAAGUGACAGAGUGUGAAGUAACAGGGGAUGAAAUGACAGGGAAUGAAAUGACCGGGGAUAAAGUGGCAGGGUAUGAAGUGACAGGGGAUGAAAUGACAGGGGAUGAAAUGACCCUGGAUGAAGUGACAGGGAAUGAAAUGACAGGGGAUGAAAUGACCGGGGAUGAAGUGACAGGGGACGAAACGACAGGGGAUUAAAUGACUGGGAUGAAAUGACCGGUAAUGAAGUGACAGGGGAUGAAAUGACAGGGGAUAAAAUGACCGGUAAUGAAGUGACCGGGGAUGAAUUGACAGUGGUUUAAAUGACCCGGAACCUAAAAAAUUGUACGAUUUCCAGCCGUUUUCGAGAUCUGUGUCAACCCACCUACGUUUUCUUUUUUAAGUUUUGAAUCGAUGAAGAAUUUUCUAGCUGUUAAGAGGAAUAUUUAUGGCAAUAUUUUUUUCAAGACCUAUCUAGCGCCUUAUUAAAACAUUAUGUACGUUAAAAUUAAAACAAGCCUUUCAAUAGAUCAAUCAGAGAAAAAUACCAAAAUAUUGUAAUGUCGUCUUUCAACGGUAAAUGUUAACAGUCACAUAGUCGCUUGGAGUCCAACAUAUUUGCUAAAUACACUUAUUUCUGACAUACAGCGGCAAAUGACAACAUUCACCAAUCACUAGAAAAGAAUGUCGAAUAUGUCGGAGAUACACAUUUUCUACUCCGUAUUUUAUUCGCGAUAAAACGUCCCAAGGGUUUAAUAAUUUGUUUUCCUCUCUUUCUGAGAGGUGUGACCAAUCACGUUAAAGAGAAGGGUUCGUCACUCUGCAGAGGAGCUUUUAAAUUCUUGACUAUUGCCGGAGGGUUUAAUUGCCGAGGUAAAUAUAGUGUGCAGUCCGGGAUGUUUUUUUUGUGUGUGUUUGUUUUGUUUUUUGGACUUGCUCUUAGUAUCUAGCAUGAGAACAAGAGAUGCUUGAUAUUAUUUGCUUUUUCUUUGUAAUGAUAAGCACUGGCUCAUGGAUACUAUUACACUUUAGAAUUUUACUUUUAACUUAAGCCAAUCUAGAACUUAGCAUUUGUAACUUACUAGACUUUUCUUCUAUAAAGCAUACUUUAUCAUGCGUGUAGAUUAUUCAGGACUUUAUGUGAAGACUAAGUAUAUUGCAGGCCCUCUUUAAUAUUUUUUUUGGAAUAUGGUUUUUUGGUAUGUCCAACUCUAAAUUUUUUAGAAGUAUAAAUAGUUUCUUCAAGUUGUUGUUUCGUUUUAAAAGUAUUAGCAAUUAGAGUUAUUUUUCGGUUUCGGUAUUUCUUCACUAGGCUUUGUCUUUUUAGCGGCCCCCGUAAGGGGAAAAAGCCGCUAUUAAGUUUGUGCAAAAUGUCCGUCUGUCACACUCAGAUCUCGAAAACUAGAAGAGAUAUGAAAAAUAGUAUUUCACCAUGCAAUGCGGCUUGAAUAGUUUAGGUGCAGCGGCUACUUUUGGUUUUCUAAAAUCAAACCAUUCAAUUAAUAAAAUUAAUUAGGCAAGCGAUUUUUUCAUAAAAAUACACAAAUUCUAAAACAAUUACGUAAAUGUAAGGGAGGCAAUGUUAUAAUAUGCUAACAAAGAUGGACAAUAUAUGUGUUUUUUCAGUAUCACUAAGUCUAAUAUAUUUAUAAAAUGUACAAGAAAUGUUUACAACAAAUAUAAAUAAUACUUAAUGAUGUUUCUUCUGGUCAACUAGCUGCUAGUUUGUUUAUAAAGGCUAAUAAUGCACUUUGUAUGUAAAUAUCACGCACAUUUUUUUAAAUGGACUCUUUAUGCAGAGACUUUCGUGCAGUAGCGUAACGUCGCAGCAUGAUACAUUGACAAACUAAUUUCUCAAAAAUGUCUAAAUAAGCAGAUUUUAUUUAUUUGUUGUUUAGUGUCCCAUCAGGAUAAAAGCCUCUUAUUUUUGUGCAUUUGUCUGUUGGUCGGUCUAUUCGUCACGUUUAGAUUUAAAAAACAACACUAAAAGCAAUUGAAAAUCUGAUUUAACCUUUAAUGUUCCUUUGGAAACCUGUCCAUUGUUUUAACUAUCUAUAAUAGAUUGUUCCAGAUGGUUUGUGAAAAUAAAUCAAUGUCAACGAAUGUCUGUUUGCUCUUUAAAUCUUUAUUACAUUUAAUCUCCAUACUUAAACGUUGCAAAAAUACAUUACCAAUAAUAUGUUGUUCGUUUUUUUUUAUGUAAAUAACAUAUAAAGGCUAAAUCAAAAUCUCUAUAAUGACUUAUAUUUCAUUAACUGUAAAAAUGUUCCGGAUAUUGUUUUAUAACAAAUGAAUUGAUGAUUGUUUGAAAUCGCAAAAUUGACUAAUAUUACACGUAUAUUCUUUGACAAUCCGUCGUUAUAGUUUGAUGAUCGAUAUCAAAUUCUUCCAUAUUUACAUCUUUAAAGAAAUUUUAAAAUAUCAACAAUAGAUUGUUCAGGGCUUUAAAAAAAAGAGUAAUUUACUAGAAACGAUUAUUGAAAAUCAUUUUUUAGACUUAUUUUACAUUUAAUUUUCUUGCUGAAACAUAACAAAAGUUUUUUAAUCGAUAAAGAAUGUUCCGCAUUUUGUUUUGAAAUGAAAACGAUCUACAUUAUUUAAAUUUUCUUAAAAAUCGUCGCCAAAAAUUUUCGAAUUUUAUUAAAUAAUCUACUAACGCUAAAUAACUGUUUGAAAUCCCUCUUCUAAUUAAUAAAACAAAUAAUCUUCUCAUUUACACUAUAUUUAUGUAAAAUCUCACUUCCCUCUUAAAGUACAUUUAAUUUUCUAGCUAAAACGUUACAAAAUCAAAUUAUCCUAAACACAAUAUUCAAAUGUAAAAGGAAAACAACUUCCGAACACCAAAGUGUAUGAAAAUAUCUACGCAAGGCUGUGGUACAUCUAAUUUGUAUACGAGACCAUCUAAAAAAUUCAAUUAACGGUAUUACAUUUAUCUGGAAUUCUCUUUUUAUCUUAAUAUUUAUACAAACAUUCGGAACAAGCUAUUAUAUAUAUUAAAUCUAUUACGUUCAUACUUAAAACUAUUGCGAUGUUUCGAAACGAAAUCUAAAGGUUAAUCACAUUUUCAAUAGCUUUUAAUUGUGUUUUAUAUCAAGAUGACGGACAGACCGACUGACAGACAAAACGCAAAAACAAUGCGGCUUUGAACCUCUUUAAAUAAAUUCUAUUAGAUCUCAGUGCACCAAUGUCUCUGAACCCUAGUUAAAUAUCUCGUGUUAAUAAAGGCAUUGAUUAUCUAUGAUUAUUUUUUUUUUACAUAAAUCUUAUUUUAAUUACAUCUACAUUGUUCUACAUUAUUCCAAAUUUACAUUUUAGAUCUAGAUCUAAUAGACAAAAAUCGUAAGAGUGUUCAAUCAUAAAUUUAAUUUAGUUAGAUCUACCUCAUCAUUCUAGUUCCAUUUAAAUGAAAAUGCAAAUAGCUCUUUAGGUAACUGUGCUUGGACAUCGAGCAGACGUUGCCGAAGUAUAAGUACAAAUCAAUACCAAAAGAUUAUCUAAAAUCGCUUGUCUGACAUGUUGUACAUAUCCGGUAGUUGUCAUGCCGUAAUGUGUAAUAUAUCUCAUUAUCAAUAAGAGGCUACUAGUUUGUUAUUAAGUUAACAGCACUGCCUUGUGAAUAUGUGGUUCUGACAGGGAUCCGACUCCGACGGGGCCGCCUCUGAGUUUGUGUAAAAACACAAACUCUCUAUGUAAUCUUAUUUGUUUUUGGUUUAUAGCCAAACAUGUUUUCAUAAGUAUUUUGGCGUUUUUCUUUAUUGAAUGUAGUGUUUCCGCCAAACUGAACAAACGGCUAACAUAGGACCCUUUAUUAUAAACGUAUCACAAUUGACCAUUUCAACUGAGCCUGGUAUAUGAGUAUGACGAGUGUCUCUAUGAUCUAUAUUCGCUCUUUCACUGAGUAUUAGCCGUGUUUCAAUAUUCACAGGGGAAAGUCGACUAUCACCAGUAACAGUUGUAAUAAUGUUUAGACGUUACAAA